AUGGUGAAGUAUACUGCUGUUGAGAAGCCAGCUACGGGGAAAAGUGAUUCAAGAUACAAGGGUAUUAGAAAAAGAAAAUGGGGUAAGUGGGUUUCAGAAAUUAGACUGCCAAAUAGCCGGGAAAGAAUUUGGUUAGGAUCAUAUGAUUCGGCAGAAAAAGCGGCACGUGCUUUUGAUGCGGCCCUUUUCUGCUUACGUGGCCGGACAGCAAAAUUUAAUUUUCCAGAGAACCCCCCAAACAUAGCAGGUGGCAGGUCGCUUUCUCCGGCUGAAAUUCAAGAAGUUGCAGCAAGGUUUGCCAAUUUGGAGCCUCAGAGAAGCCAGUCGGAUCAGUUUGAAACGAAUCCAUCGGUAUCUGUAUCCGAAUCUCGAGUAGAAUCUCCCUGUCAAUCGAUUGCAUCUGAUGGGACUGUGCAGUUGGAUGGUAGUGACUUAACAUGGGAUGAGCCGUUUUUGGAUAUGUUAAUGAGUACAUAUUCGAAUAAUUACCCUACAGAAUAUGGGAUAUUUCCAGGUUUUGAUGAUCUUCAUAAUGAUUUUUUUCCACCAUCAUCAGUUCCCAAUCUCGAUUAUGGAGAGGAGAUCAAUUUUGAUGGUGUUUUAGAACAAGAUUCAUUUCUUUGGAAUUUCUAA